AAGAGCAGGAAGUGCUCUUAACCACUGAGCCACCUCUCCAGACCCUGAUCUCUGCUCUCUGGUUGUGCAUGUAACGAAACCAGCUAUAUCAAGCCUCUGUACCCUGACUUCUCUGCCUUGCUGGGCUGUAUGCUUGAACUGAGAGCCGAAUAAACCCUUAGCUUGCCUUUUUCAGAGUAUCUUGUCAAAACAACAGGAAAAGAAACCAAGACAGUGCCUAAGGUCAUACACUGAGGCUGCCCUCUGACACGCACAUGCAUACCAUGUUCGUACAUACAUACGUUUACACACGCAUAGGGCAACCCACAGGCAGUUGUCACUGUUGUCCCUCUCUUCCAGAAAGGGCUACUAAGGCACACACCCCCUGAACCAAGCUUCCUAUGUGUUUGGUGGCAGAGCCACGGCCGGUGCCACCCAGCUUCAGAACCUGAGCUCAGGCUGUGACCUCUUCCCCAGGGGUGGCAGAGGAGCACUGACUGCUCUGUGCCUUUGCCCGGGUGUGCCCCACCGAUGACCUUCUCAGUCUUCCCAUGAUUCCGGUGUGGAGUGCCCAUGAGCCUCUCGUUGGCAAGCUGGACCUGCUUGGUGGAGGCGAGGCUGAGUGCCCCUGACCUCUGGGCUGAGUCAUGACUUUGGAGGGUGAGAAUCCGGUGUGCCUCGGUUUGUCCCGAAGCCCUCCUGGACGACGGUCACUUCUGAAGCCAGGGUUUCUCUGUUGGGGUAUGACAUGCUCAUGAUCCCUGGUGCUGGUAGGGCUAAUGUGAUGUGCGGAUAUCCGAGGCAGGGCAGCCCCUUUCUCUCUCUGUUCCUUUUCCUCACAGGUCGCUUGUCCCAGAAGAGAAGUUCACACACUCAUGACAGCCGAAGGCAGGGACUCUACGGGCUGGCUGUUAACCCCUGGGGUGUUCAAAAUGAAAUUAUUUCAAGUUCUGUUUGGGCCGCAGCAUUGAUUGAAAGCAGCAGUGAUGGCAGAACUUGCACCCCAGUAAUUGGCAGACCCUGAUCAGAGUCCCCCUUCUCCCCCUAGAGAUCCAACUGUCACAGUGUUUACAAGGCUGAAAACCAACUGGAGGCAUGCAGGCUGUUAGGGCAAUCCCCGGGGAGCUGACUGGGGGUUGCCUCGAGACAACAGCUUGCAGGUAACAAUGUUGCCCCUCUCCUUCCAUCAAGAGCUGGACCCACACUUUUCUGCCAGAAGUUACAUACUUAAGCUGGAGAAGUGAGGUCCUGACAAGGAAAGACACCUUAGGAAAGCCAGCAAGCCUGGUUGGAGCUAGCUGCUGUGGUUAUUGGCCAUAUACCAAGAGCCCCAAGCUCAUGGGGGAGUCUGGGAGAUUGUAAGAGGUAAUGUGUGUAAAGAGCUUAGCACAGAUUUGGCUGGAGCAGAACAGAGUAAACAUUAAUUUACCAGGAGGCAUAAGAGUGGGAUCAGGAUCCACCCACGUGGAAUCUCAAUUGGGUUAUUUUUUUGAUUUUGAGAUCUCUGGCUGGUCGAGCUGCUUUGCCUAUCUAAGCCUCUUGUUCCCCAGCAAAGAGAGGAUAAUAAUAGCUACCUGGAAGAGCCGAUAGGAGGAUGGAGAUAAAGGUUGUAAUGUGUCUGCUUGGCCAUCUCCACCUCAGGAGGGCCGGCUUCUCAGCAGCUCCUGCCUCCUGUGGCCUCUGCCGACCUCAGAGACAGCUGCAGAGGGCAGGCCUGCGGGGCCCUGCCCCACAGCAUCAUGAUGGGAAAACUCCCUCUCGGGGUUGUCUCUCCUUAUGUGAAGAUGAGUUCGGGGGGAUGCUCUGACCCUCUGAAGUUUUAUGCUACCAGCUACUGCACAGCCUAUGGUCGGGAGGAGUUCAAGCCCCGAAUGGGGAGCCACGUAGGCACAGGCUACAAAUCCAACUAUCGGCCCCUGGUCUCCUAUCAGCCCCACCUGGACACCCUGGACAAUCCAGCCAUGGGGGAACAAAUCCAUGACACUUCCAAGUCUGUGACCAGUCAGAGCUACUCUCCCCUAGAAGUGCCCGAUGGCAAGCACUCCCUGCCCUGGAACCUGUACCAGACCACCUCUGGCUAUGGGCGCGAGAAGCUCAAUUCGGGGCCGCUUUCCAAGGAGGUGAGGAAGGUCCACUUCGACACCCAGGAUCACGGGCCUCAGACCAUCACAGGGCUGGAGCCCAAGGAGGUUCCCCUGCUCCACCAGCAGCAGGGCAAGGGCUCUAUGGAGUGGGAGAACUCGCACUAUGGCCCACGCUUCAUGACUUCUGAGUACAAUUCCAAGUAUAUCAAGGAGACUCCAAACCACCCAGAUCUCUUGCUCAAGAAGACAAUCGGUUCCAAAGAAGAAACUGGCUUCACUGAAGAGUCUACCAAGAAUCCCAUUGUCUUCCAGCCACCCUCACAGGCGUUUCCUGGGGACCCCAUCCUCCACCCGGGACGGAGUGUCACCAAGUCAGACUUCCUCCCUAUAAGUCAUCCUCAGGGAAGUGAGUUUCUCCCUGUGCUGGCCAGAGGCUCUGAUCGGGACACAGGAUACAGCCGAGUGAAUGAAAGGACCCUGAACCCCAGAAUGCCUACUCCAAGCCCACAGCCCGCCAGCAUGAGCCACAGAUCCUACCAGCCACCCCAACGGAUGCAACAGACAAAUGUUGCCCUGCUUGGCAGGGAGUCCGUGGGGAACAAGGAGCCCACAGGGUUCACGAUUAACAACCCCAGCUACGUUCGGGGCUCCUACGAGUCUGACAGAGAUCAGCGGUACCUGACUACCUACAACCAAGGGUACUUUGAGAACAUCCCCAAGGGGUUGGACCGAGAAGGCUGGACUCGAGGCGGCAUCCAGCCCCAGAAAGCAGGAGGCUAUGCCCUCAAUGAGCCAGUUACCCGCAUGGAUGCCACCCCCAACCCCACGGAGACCCUGCGGCACCUGCACCCCCAUGUUGCAAGAACCUUGACUUCAGUUGACCCCUACUAUCGAGACAUACCUCAUAGCAACCGCUACACGGCUUCCAGUUGAAUCUGGAGGGGUUUGUCAUGAUGGGGCAAGCUGCUUUCUCCGUGGUCCCCAAGAUCCCCCAGUUACUUUCCUAAGGAAAUAAAGAACACUGAAUCAGCA